AUGUUCUCGCCCUUUGCUUUCCAAGCGAUCAGAAACGGUGUAGCGCGGUUCGAUUUGAGGAAACCUGCCGCUGUUCAAAAUGACAACAGCAUAGACAGCUCGAACACCUUCGAGUCCCAGGCAUCUGCAAACCAGCAAGUCUGUGCACCUCCAGCAGACGACCCGGCCGAGCACAAUGACAGUCGUUUUAUCUUGAACGUCUCAAUGGCACAAAAGUACUGCGACGACGAUGAAGAAAAUUCCAGCGUGUUUACGUUGGACGAGCUUGAAGGGUGGGCUGCACUUCGGAAGGAGUAUCAACACGACAGAUUCAAGCAGAUCACUCCUCACUUCCAACAAGUGCCAGAAAUUCUGAAUCUACUUCAGGCCCUGAUAGCUGGUCAUCGGCCAUCCUAG